AUGGAGUCCACAAACUACAUCCCGACCACAAACAAUGAAUACUCAGAUCAUCAAGCGAUCAGAACCCAAAUCGAAUCUGAUGUAGACUGGGAUCAAUUCUGGCGAGAAUACAACACUCUAAACCCCGAUUAUAUGAACAACUUCGACAUUGUAUGGACUAGUCCACCUAACUUGGGUAUGGAGAUGGAUUAUAUACUGGAACUACAAGCCGCUGCCGAGACAAAUCAUCUGCCUCCGAGUCCCGUCGGGCAGUUCGAGCUCCCUCAAUACGGCACCAACAUGUUCCUUCCAGCCUACAUCGACCCCUCUCCAACCCCACCAUGGACCAACCCAUCAACAUCGACCUCCUCCCCCUCAGCAACCAGCUCUCGAACAAGUAACUCCCCAUCUAGUACCUCGACGCCUAGUAGUGCGCUAUCCUCAACAACCUCAGAAGGAUCUUUCAGCUGCCAUUUCUGUGCCCAAACAUUUGCACAAAAAUGUUUAUUGAAUCGGCACAUAAACACGCACACCAAACCCUACAAAUGUUCCUUUCCAGAUUGCAUCGAGCGGCGAGCCACAAAUCGAGAUUUGAAACGCCACAUGGACGUUCACGAUCCGGUUUCGGCUCCAGCUUUCCUGUGUACGGACCAGGGAUGUAUGUAUGCGGUUAAGGGGUUUAAGAGGAAAGAUAAUCUGAAGAGGCAUGUGGAGAAUAUACAUCCGGGGCUGGUUGCUUGA